AUGGGGAUCGUGGAGGAUUUCAGAUCUGUGACGUCGACAUUCUAUAACGAGUACAGCAAAACACCAGUCAAACUCAAGGCCCUGGAUCUGCUCGUGGUCUACGCGCUUCUGACGGCUGGGAUUCAGUUCGCGUACAUGGCGCUGGUGGGGUCGUUCCCCUUCAACGCCUUCCUCGCGGGCCUGCUCUCCUGUAUCGGGACCGCCGUGCUUGCAGUGUGUUUGAGAAUGCAGGCUAACAAGGAGAACAAAGACUUCCAGGUUCGCUCCUUCCUCCUCCCUGCCUUCCCCCAGGCCUGA